UUAGCUUGAAUCAAUUUCAAAAACAUGGAACUUCGAUACACAUUGUAGCGCGUGUAAGAGGUCGUAUGCUUCUAGCUCAAGUCGAGAGCUUACUUCGGUUAACAAAGAUGGUAAUGAGUAGUUUGUAUUCGGAUAGGAGCAGAAGCAAUCAUCAUUUAUGACACUUGUCCAAGAAAUAUCUGGAAAUCUAGGCCAGGGUGAAAUAUCUGGUGAUGUGUGUGUGUGUCCAAGCUCCAAACAAAACUAUACUGCAGGGAGCUUCCCAAAACCUCAACACAAGGGAAACAAGAUGGAAUUGGGGACCUCAUCAUCUUCAUCAGGCUUGGUCAAGGCCAAAUCUGAGACACUCGCAGCAGCUCUUGAGUCUAGUUCACUUGAUUUCAGCAAUGAUGGUGGUAGCAGCCAUGGGAGCAAGCAGCAUGUGAUGGCAAGGACAUUGUCAUCGCCGAGCCACAGUAGCAGCAGCAAAAACAGAAGGAACACUCACAUAAGGAAGUCCAAGAGUGCACACCCUGCUCUUGACCAUGGUGGUCUCACUGGUGGUGCUGCUCUUAGCCGAGCCUCCAGUGCUUCCCUUGGAAUUUCCUUCUCUUUCACUGGCUUCACCGUGCCACAGGAAGAGAUGAUUGCUUCAGAACGAUGUAGCAACGAAGAUAUCUUGGAAGAAAGUGAAGCAGCAACCAGUAGUGUGAGCAAGUUUCAGGCAGAACCAACCUUUCCGAUAUAUCUGAAGUUCAUAGAUAUCACAUACAAGGUAACGAAGAAAAGAAUGGCAUCUUCAUCAGAAAAGAGCAUCUUGAAUGGGAUUAGUGGUUCAGCAUAUCCAGGGGAGCUUCUAGCUCUCAUGGGACCUUCUGGAAGUGGCAAAACUACACUACUCAAUGUGCUUGGCGGCAGAUUUAAUCAGCAAAAUAUCGGUGGGUUGGUUAGCUACAAUGAUAAGCCAUAUUUUAAACACUUGAAAACAAGGAUUGGAUUUGUGACUCAAGAUGAUGUUCUGUUCCCUCACUUAACUGUAAAAGAGACACUGACCUACACAGCUCGUUUACGUCUUCCUAAAACUCUUACCACGCAGGAGAAGGAACAAAGAGCUGUUAGUGUGAUACAAGAGCUUGGAUUGGAAAGGUGCCAAGACACAAUGAUCGGAGGGUCAUUUGUGUGUGGUGUCUCAGGUGGGGAGAGGAAAAGAGUUUGUAUUGGGAAUGAGAUCAUGAAUAAUCCUUCACUUCUUCUCCUUGAUGAACCCACCUCUAGUCUGGACUCUACUACUGCUCUAAAGAUUGUUCAGAUGCUACAAAGUAUAGCAAAGGCAGGGAAAACUGUUGUAACAACAAUUCACCAACCAUCAAGCAGGCUCUUUCACAGAUUUGACAAGUUGGUUGUACUCAGCAGAGGAAGCUUGCUUUACUUUGGGAAAGCAUCAGAAGCUAUGCCUUAUUUCUCUUCCAUAGGAUGUUCUCCUCUAUUCGCAAUGAACCCAGCAGAGUUCUUGCUGGACUUAGCUAAUGGAAACAUGAACGAUAUCUCCACACCCUCAGCUCUUAAAGAAAAAAUGAAGAUGGGAAAUUCUUUCAGCGAGAUAAGGUCUUCUAAGCCAACUCCUACAGUUGUAUAUGAGUAUCUUGAGGAAGCUUACAAGACAAAGAUUGCUGUCGUAGAAAAGAAGAAACUUGUGGCACCAGUUCCACUUGACGAAGAAGUUAAAUUGAUGAUAACUUGCCCCAAGCGAGAAUGGGGAUUAAGCUGGUGGGAACAGUAUUGUUUACUUUCUUUAAGAGGAAUCAAAGAACGAAGACAUGACUAUUUCAGCUGGUUGAGAGUCACGCAAGUUCUCUCCACUGCCAUCAUCUUAGGUUCACUCUGGUGGCAAUCAGAUAUUCAGCAUCCCAAAGGCCUUCAAGAUCAGGUAGGGCUACUGUUCUUCAUUGCCGUAUUCUGGGGAUUUUUUCCUGUAUUCACAGCGAUCUUCACUUUUCCUCAAGAGAGAGCAAUGCUGAGCAAGGAACGAGAGUCAAAUAUGUAUAGAUUAAGUGCAUAUUUUGUGGCUAGAACCACAAGCGACCUGCCGCUUGACUUGAUAUUACCUGUGUUUUUCCUAGUUGUUGUAUAUUUCAUGGCUGGAUUGAGAUUAAGUGCUAAAUCCUUUUUCCUAAGCGUGCUCACGGUGUUCCUAUGCAUCGUUGCAGCUCAGGGACUUGGAUUAGCUAUAGGGGCAAGCUUAAUGGACUUGAAGAAGGCCACAACUUUAGCAUCAGUAACUGUAAUGACUUUCAUGCUCGCUGGUGGCUACUUUGUGAAGAAAGUUCCAAAUUUCAUCGCUUGGAUACGUUUCAUGUCAUUCAACUACCACACAUACAAGCUCCUUGUGAAGGUACAAUAUGAAGAAAUCAUGAAAAACGUAAAUGGGGAAGAAAUUGAGAGUGGGGUUAAGGAAGUGAGCGCUCUCGUAGCUAUGAUCGUAGGCUACCGUCUCUUAGCCUACCUUUCUCUUCGAAGGAUGAAGCUCCACUCUUCAACUUAAGUUUAGAUCGAUACAAAAAGUCAUUUGAUAUUGUCCAUGUGUACUUUGUAUUGUCGUGCUUGCUUGUAUAUACAUAUCUUCCCCUUACUAUAUUUAGGUUUCCAAA